GCAGCGCCGCUCUAUAAAACACCACGCAGUAGAAACUGGCCGUAACAUAAAGUGAAGAUGGGCGCCCUGAAACUUCUACCCGCUGUGUGUAUAGUGCUGGCGAUCGUGCCGUGGGUGAACUGUUUAAACCUAUCCCAACCGACCACCCGUGAUUGGUGGCAAAAGGCGGCCUUCUAUCAAAUAUAUCCAAGAUCGUUUAUGGACAGCGAUGGCGAUGGAGUGGGUGAUUUGAACGGUAUUGCAUCGCGGUUACCGUACCUGAAAGCGAUCGGCGUUAAGGCGUUUUGGCUCUCACCCAUCUACAAAUCGCCGAUGGUGGACUUUGGCUACGAUAUAUCCGACUUUCGCGACAUUCACGAGGAGUUUGGCACGAUGGCCGAUUUCGAGCGGCUGGUGGAGCAGGCGCGUGCUCUCGACUUGAAAGUGAUCAUGGACUUUGUACCGAACCAUUCGAGCAAUCUGCACGAGUGGUUCAUCAAGUCGGAAAACCGCGAAUCAGGCUAUGAGGAUUAUUACGUGUGGCACGAUGGGAAAACGAAUCCGGCCGGUGGAAGGAACUUACCGCCAAACAAUUGGAUUCAAGCGUUCCGUGGCAGUGCCUGGCAGUGGAGCGACAAGCGACAGCAGUACUACCUACAUCAGUUUACCGUAGAGCAGCCCGAUCUUAACUACCGCAAUCCGAAGGUGGUGCAGGAAAUGAAGGAUGUGUUACUGUUCUGGCUGGACAAAGGAGUGGAUGGGUUUCGGAUCGAUGCCGUCCCGACACUUUACGAAGAUACGGAGCUGCGUGACGAACCGUUGAGCGGUUUGGUGGAUGAUCCGGAAGAUACCAACUACCUGUCCCACAUCUACACCCAGGAUCUGCCCGAAACGGUUGAGAUGGUGUACGAGUGGAGGGAACUGAUCGAUGCUUACCAGCAGCAACAUGGUGGGGAGACUAGGGUCAUCAUGACGGAAGCCUACUCGUCGCUGGACAUUAUAAAGACCUACUACCAGAGCAGCUCGGGACGGUUGGGAUCGCAUAUGCCGUUUAACUUUAGGCUUAUCACCGAGGUGAACAAGCAAUCGCCGGCGUCCGACUACGUGAAGGUAGUAAGGGACUGGAUGAGCAUCCUGCCCGCCGGUCAGGUGCCAAACUGGGUGAUGGGUAACCAUGAUCGACCACGCGUUGGGACACGGCUUGGCGAGGAACGCAUUGACGCGCUGAACAUGAUCUUGCUCAGUCUUUCUGGGGCGAGUGUCACGUAUCAGGGUGAAGAGAUUGGCAUGACGGAUGUGUACAUUUCCUGGGAGGAUACCGUCGAUCCGGCUGCCUGCAAUGCGGGCCAAGACUUGUACGAGGAAAAAUCACGCGAUCCAUGCCGCACACCGUUCCAGUGGGAUAAUACGGCGAUGGCAGGCUUUACGACUGGAUCCAGCACAUGGCUACCGGUGGGUGAUCGGUACAGGGAAGUAAACGUGCUCGUACAGCAGCAGGCCGAAAAGAGUCAUCUGAAGGUGUACCGGUCAAUGAUGGAGCUUAGAAAGUCGCGCACCUUCCAGCUAGGCACUGUGAAGGCGGUUGCCUUGGGGGAUUCUGUGCUGGCAGUUGUACGAGAGCUAACGAACUUUAGCACGUACAUUACGCUGGCCAAUCUUGGCAGCCAGCUGGAGGUGGUAAAUGCUGUUGCGUUGUCUAAUUCACUGCCGGACAAGCUGUACUUUGAUGUAGUCAGUGUCGGUUCGCACAAUAUUCGAGGAGGAUCGGUAGCGACAAAGGAUAUUGUUUUGCUUCCCAACGAAGCGUUCGUGUUGAAAGCGCGCGUGGGACCGGUAGAAAAGGUUUAUUCGUCUAUUUGUGAUAGUUGGCUUCAAUAAACAUUUUAAUCAUUAUGGAGAA